GGUCUUCCGGCUUCCUUGCAACAUAUUUGAGAGUAACAGGCAUGUCGCAACCAACAGUCAGCAUUGUGGGUGCUGGCAUUGGUGGUCUCACUCUUGGCCGUUGCCUCCUACAUCGCGGCAUCCGCGCCGUGUUGUACGAGAAAGCACCAUCCAGCCCUCGCCAUACUUAUGCCAUCACGCUGCAACCAGCAUCUUACCGUCCACUUUUGAAGGCACUCGACAUCGACGAAAGUACGUUCAGAAAGCGUGUUGCUGUCGAUGCCGGUAUCGGCGGCUCCGGCAACAUCAACGCCGAAGGCUAUGGCUAUAGAAAUCUAGAACCAGCAUCAUUUCGAGCACACCGUGGAAAGUUGGAAGAGCUGCUAAGAGAAGGGCUGGACGUAAGAUGGGAGCAUACGCUGCAGAGUGUCAAGACGGAUGGAAGCCUUGACCUAGAAUUCGCCAACGGACAAUGCGUAAAAGCUGACAUCGCUAUUGGCAUCGAGGGACCGCAUUCGGUUGUUCGCAAACAGUUCCUUCCUUCAGCCAGUCCCGACAUUCUACCGUACGUUGCUUUCAAUGGCAAGCGUAGGAUACCCCGGGAGACUUUCGACAAGUUGUACGCCUCCUCUUACAAAAACACAACAGUGCUGGAACUUCGGAAUGGCGACAUAGUCCUCAACAUCAGCAUCAGCGAAGCGACCCCGGAGCAGGUCAGCAUCAGCUGGAUCUACUCGCGCCCUUCGCGGGGGUCAUCAGACGCAUUGUUCAAGCCCAAUAGGCCGAACGCUGCCGCAAAAGAUAUCCCACAAGAAUUUUAUACGGAGGUGGAAGGAUUAGAAGAGCUGUCUCAGCCAUUCGCCGAUGUCUUCGAUGCGGAGAAGCUGCGCAAGGAGAGAGUUCUGCAUUGGUUGAUGCGCAGCAUCCUCAUUCAGAAGUCUGAGUUACAGGACCUGGGUCUAAAGAAGAUAGCGCUAAUGGGCGAUGCGGCACAUGCAGAGCAAAUCAUUGGCGGCGGAGGUGCAAACGGGGCUAUUGAUGAUGGCGUGAGCCUUGCGAAAUGGAUUGCGGAGAAGGGGACUGCGGACAUCACAAGCUGGUACCACGAGAGGUAUGCGAGCUGGCAGAAGGGGCAGGAGGAGAGUCAAGCGAGUAUUGCGGGUAUUCACGGGCAGCAGGAUGCUGGGAAACAGAAGCUGUAGAUUGAGAUAUUGUUCCGGAGCGUAAAGGGGGUAGUCGUUGCCCAAAUCGAUGAUGAGGUGCAGCGGCCCGUACGCUUCAGUCGAGAGAACAAGGCAGGCCUCGCGGAAAUUUUGUUCAUCUAUGUGCUGAUGAACGUUGGGGUACGAAUCCUGAUGUGCUUCGGCGAUGUCGCUCGAAAGGCGGCGGUGCAGAGCAUCGGGCGCAAAUGAUCCGUUCGAGGCGGCCAUGGCGGUUUGCAGGGAGGCUUCGUCAAACAGGGAGGACCGAGGAAGCGAUAUUCCUAUCAACUUUGUGAUGUCUCUCCAGUCCGAAACUCUCAAUCCGUUCUUAUGCUUCUCAUGGCCUCAUGUGGUCGAAAACGUUUCGUCUUGCAACGCC